AUGAUUUCUGUGAUAUUCACUCAAGAAACAUGUAAUCCUAUAUUAUUAUUGUGUGAGUGAAGGACAUCAACUUAAAUGAAAUUGUUUAAGACUAAACAUUUCAAUUUGAUUUUAAUCUAUAUAGAUUGAAAGUUACCAAUAGAGAUGAUUUGAAACAUCAAUAACUAGCCUUAUCUCUAUUUUCACAAUAGGAGGGCAUAAAAGUCUAUAUUAAUUGUGACACGUAAAAUCGUAUUGAUUUCCACUAGGCGACCAACAUUCUUCGAUUCAUAUUAAUGGCAAUUCUAGUACACUUAAUAGCUAAAUAUUUCAUACCUGCAAAGAAAUUUAGGAUAGUGUUCUGAUCAUCUUUUCUAUAUAGUAUUUCUUUCGGAAUCAUCUUCUAACUACGAAUUUAUAGUUUACCCCUUAGAUGGAAUUCAUUUUGUAGAAUACAAUCUCCCUCUGAUGUAAUUAUACUUUGAUUAAAUAAAGUGGGGAAUUGUAACCUUAGGAGAUCUUUUAGUUCAAGGUUUAACCAGCUUAUAUUGAUGAGGAAAUUACUAUAGAAAUUUAAGCAGAAAAUACGUUAAGAUAUCUCAAAAAGUGUUUGAAAGAGCUAUGCUUAAUUACAAAACUUGAUUAUAAAAAUACUGACUAUGGAAUAUUUAUCGAGAAGGAUACCUAUACAUUUAGGAACUCUGUUAGUCUAUAAGGUUACUACAUUCUAGGUUUAUUAAGUGAAUUUAAAUAAUUCUUUAGGAUAAUACUAUUAAGCCAACGCUCUCAUAUCAAAUUAAAAGAAGGGCAUUAUGAUCUAUUUCAAGUGGACCAAGGAUCUAUAACCUACUAUAUCUAUAACACAUCUGAUUUUACAAAUAUCAAAAGUAUAAAAUUUCAAUUAAAUUAAAUUACUGGUAACUGCAUACUCUAUGCAAGUUCAGAAAACAAAUUUCCCAGUUAGAUGAAUAAUGAAUUUGAAGGCAAUCAUCAAAUAACAACUAACAAGACUUCAGCACAUUUUUUGAGUGUAUAUGGAACAUCAUACUGUAAAUACCAAAUAAAUGCGACAGUGGAAAGACAAUAGACUAUUCAACAAACUCAAUUCAUUUAAUUAUCAAACGGAAUUUCUCAUUCGCUCUAUUAAUAGGAACUCUACAGUUUCUUUAUAAUUUAAUUGGAAAUUUAAGCCAACUUUUCUAUUUAUUUAUAAAGCAAUAUGGGUGAUUUCAUAAUGUAUGUAAAAGCAAAAAUAUCCGAUCAUGAGAUACCUGAUAGUAAUUCUUUUGAAUGGAAAGACUCUAUGCAAAUUGACAUAAACAUAGACAAGGAUAAUUAAGCAAAUACUUAUUAUAUAGGUGUUUAAUGUUUGAACUCUGAAGGAGAAUUUGUAAUUGAGUACAACAUACAUUAAAAAAUAUAAUUUUACGAAUUUGGUGAAAAGAUAAUUGAUUCUGUAAACGAAAAUUAAGUGAAUUAUUACAAAUUGCCAAUGCUUGAGAGAGAUUAAGUUUUCACUAAAAAAAUAUACAUAGAUAACUAAAUAAACAAUUUGAUUAUCUAUAUAUCUUUAAAUCAAACCAAUUAAUUUCCAAAUGAGAAUUAAAACACUUAUGUUUUUAGUGAUUCAACAUUGACAAUACCUCAAUAAGAACUAAUAUGUCGUAGGUGUUAAGAUCUGAGGAAAACUAAAUGUUUUAUAUACAUGUCUGUUACUUCAGUAAAAGGACUCAUCUUCUACACCAUCACUACUCAAUACCUACAUAAUAAAAUCUAAUUGCAUGAGGGAUGUCCUUUGAUUCUAAACUUCAAAUAAGAUAUGCUGUUCUAUUAUGUCUUAAGUGAAAAAGAAGUCACAGUAUAAUGGUUCUCUUAUGGUGGUAGCCAGGCUGAGAUACUAGCUUAUUUGGGCUACCUCAAUAACUCCAACACCAAAUAUGAAUAGUUUAAAUCUAAAUAAUAGAAUAGUAAUACUAUUCAAACAAUCAUAAUUCCAGAGAAUAACCAAAAGUAUAUUUUGUAUAUUUCGGUUCAUCCCUACUUUAAGCACUUUGAAGAUGAUAACUAUUCAAUUGGAGUUUAAGAAACAGUUAGGACUAUAACACCAAUAGAUAAAAUACAAGAUAAUGUAAGAUAAGGAUAAAUAAAAUACUAUAUUUUGACUUUAGAUAAGAUUGCCAAAUCAAUCAUAGUUAAAGUUCAAGUAUUAGGAAGUCAAAACUCCAUAAUAGUGCUUUUGCAAUAAGGUAAGAACAGUAGGCCAGACAAAUUUAAUAACUCCAUAUAAAUUUAAUUAUAGAUAGAUUAAUUCUACAUCUUUUAAGUUCAUUAAGAUUAUUUUGAAUAAGAUUACUACAUUAUAGGAAUAGAGGGAGAAGAGAAUUGCGAAUUUAAAGUAAGUUAUUAAACAGAAAACAUAAGAUUUUUAUUCUUUCCGAAUGGAAUUCUCCCUCUAGAAAUAUCAGAAGAGAGUAUCCCGGUUAUAUAUCACUAUACAUAAUUAUCAGCAUUUAAAAUUACAUUAGCAUUGUUUACUGGCACACUCUCAAUCAGAGUUUAGCGAUUCUAUAAUAAAAUAUACACACUUGAUUUUACAGAUUCCUUUAUAUUGGAGGAUGUUGCUUAACAAUAUAAAUUGUAUAAAUUUGAUGCUUGUUAAUAAGUAUAAUGCUAAUAUCUAAUUAAAAUUUUUAGUUUGAACUAAAAGACUUAAGGUGCUGUUUAAAUCUAAACAUAUUAAUAAAAAAAUGAGUUAUAUGAAAAUUCACCUCAAUAUGAAGUAAUGAAAUAAAACGAGAUUGUAGAAUACAUAUUUCAAUCUUCAAACUAGUUUUUUAUCAAAUUCAAUGAUGUUUUUGGAUAAUUUUAAGUUUCUGUGAAAGAGAAGCAUAAUAAUUAUUCGGAGUAAGUAGAAAUUGUUUAAAGUAAGAAAACUAUUGAAUUUAAUAGGUCAACAUUUAAAUUUGAAACAUUUUUAAUAAAAAUUGAAUGUCUGACACCUGAUGUAAGUUUUUAGAUUAUAAUAAACCGAAAGAGUUAGAAAAUAAAUUCUCUUCCUUUUGGUAAGAUAUUAGAUCUAUAAUUGGGUAAUUAAGAAUAUGUAUUCCGUUAUUAAUCUUUAUCAACUCUAUAUAAUGGAAAUUCCUCUUCAAAGUUGCUAACUUUGUAAAUUUAGACUCUCUACUCACCUAUUGAACCAUUUAACAUUUCAAUUAGUCAUUCAACUAUUAACCAAAUAGUGUAAUUUGUAACAAAAUUUAAGAGAGGAAUCUAUUAUAAAUUGUAUGAAGCAUUUGGUAAGUAUGAUUUAAUAAUUUCUCCAACAAUUAAUUAAUCAUUUAUGAGAAUACUCUUAUCAGAUGAUAAUAUUAAUACAUUGAUGGAUGGCAUUCCACAAUAUUAAAUAACAAAAGUAGGACAGCCCAAUUUUUACCAAAUAUUCAUCUAAGAAAAUUCUACUUUGCUCAUUGAAGUAUUUACCUGCAGAGGGACUGUGUUAAUUCAAGGAACAUAACAUUCUUCUAAUUUGAAUAAACAGAUAUUUGAAAUACAAAUAAUGAAUAAACCAUAAUAAUAUUUCAAUGCUAACCUCAAACUAGAAUAAGGAAUCUAUUAUUUCUUAGUUAAAUUGAUUUCGAGUUAAGUCAAAGAUGAAAAUCAGAAUCGAAUAUCUAAUUAUUAUAUUAGACACUAGAUAUUUCAUAGAUUUGACCCUAUACCCUAUACUGCUUUUAGGUUUCAGAGUACUUUUUUAAAUUGGAAUAAUAAUUAAAAUGAAGUAACUAUUGAGAUUCCAAACUUAAUUUAAGAUUAUGAAUUUUAAACCAACCCUUAAAUUACAAUCUAUUUUGUUGUUUAGACAUUCUAACAAGAUGAAAUUGUUUGUAUUUAUGAUUCAUACCAAAAUGUUACAACAAACGAUUAAAGAUAACUUAAAAUUGUACAAUAAUCACCUUAAGAACAGACAACUAAGGUGAAACUUAUUGCAAAUUCAUCUAAAAUUUACUUAAAUAUAUUUGGUAAAGUAGAAAUUGAUUAUGGAAUUGAAUUAAAUGAACUCACUUAUCCUUUUCCUACUACUGAACUAAAUCUAGAGGAUAGGCCAAUUUAAGAGGAAGGGAUUCAUAUCAUAUACUAUAUAAUUGCAUUGUUUAUAUUGCUUUCUAUCAUCAUCCUUAUUCUUCGAUUACUCUGUAAAAAAAAGGAUAUCUAAGUUAACAGUUAACAAAAUUCAAAGUAUUUAAACAUCGAAAUGAAUUAUUAAACAUAUAAUAAUAAAUGA